AUGAAAAUAUUGGAGCGAAUACCAUCAAAUGAUAAUAUCGAUUCCGAUGCCCACACAAAUGUUAGUGCCGCUGCCGUCGAACUACUUGAAGAAAGAAGAUUUUCCGGUGCAGCAGAACAAACUACAAGGAAAAAAAAGCUCAACAUAAGGAGCAUUUCAAUCCUAGAUUUGCAAAACGAACCAGUUGCAGGACCCAGUGGUGUUAAACAAAACAUUGUAAACCGCAACAAAAAAAACUAG